GGGAGCGCCGGCGUGCGGGAAGCGGCGGCCCGAGAAGAUCUUCCAUGAUCCAACGAUGAGAAGAUGUUUAGGAAAGGCAAGAAACGGCACAGCAGCAGCAGCUCCCAGAGCAGUGAGAUCAGCACGAAGAGCAAGUCUGUAGAUUCCAGCCUUGGAGGACUCUCCAGGUCUAGUACUGUGGCCAGUCUAGAUACAGACUCCACGAAAAGCUCAGGACAAAGCAACAGCAAUUCUGACACCUGUGCAGAGUUCAGAGUGAAAUAUGUUGGUGCCAUUGAGAAACUGAAACACAGUGAGAGCAAAAGCCUUGAAGGGCCUCUGGACUUGAUAAACUACAUAGAUGUGGCACAGCAAGAUGGCAAGUUACCUUUUGUUCCAGGUGAAGAGGAGUUCAUCAUGGGGGUGUCCAAAUAUGGCAUCAAAGUCUCCACAUCUGACCAGUAUGCCGUGCUGCACCGCCACGCGCUGUACCUGAUCGUGCUCAUGGUGUGCUAUGACGAUGGGCUGGGCACCGGCAGGAGCCUGCUGGCCCUGAAGACCACAGACGCAGCCUGUGAGGAAUGCAGCCUCUGGGUCUAUCAGUGCAGCAGCCUGGAGCAAGCCCAAGCCAUCUGCAAAGUGUUAUCCACAGCCUUCGACUCAGUGCUGAUGUCAGAGAAGUCCUGA